UGAUGAGAGACUUUUACGUAUCGUUGAUGAGGUGCCUUGGUUCUCUGACAUCGCCAACUAUCUUAUUGGGGGUGUUGUUCCUUCUGAUUAUACACCUCAUCAACGGAGGAAAUUUUUUGCUGAUCUUAAGUAUUAUUUCUGGGAGGAACCAUAUCUGUUUCGUAGUUGUGCUGAUCAGGUUGUUAGAAGAUGUGUUCCCCUUUGCGAGGGAGCUGAAAUUCUUAAACAUUGUCACUCUGGACCGACCGGGGAACACUAUUCUUUCAACAGGACAACCUGUAAGGUCUUGGAAUGUGAUUUCUUCUGGCCCACUUUGUUUAAAGAUGCUCUAACUUUUGUGCAGGAAUGUGACAGAUGUCAACGCACCGGGGCGGUUACCAAGAGGGAUGAGAUGCCCCAGAAUUUUAUAUUGGCGUGUGAGGUAUUUGAUGUUUGGGGCAUUGACUUCAUGGGACCGUUUCCAGGUUCUAAAGCUCAAAAGAAUGCUUAAUGGAUGACGUGCCGAGAGUUCAAAGACUCAGUUUAGUUCCGGAUCGACCAACGCCAUAGGGAAGUUUCAAUGCCUCUUUUACUCGCUUUGUAAUGUUGACUUGAGUUGAUUUUGAGCACGCGUGACACUUUCAUCUUUACCCCCUUUGCAUAGUACAUUUUUGAUCAUCGAAGGCGAUGCCAAAUUUAAGUAUGGGGGAGUGAAUUGGGCAUUCGAGCAGUAGUUGUUACAUGUGAUUUUUAGAGUUAGCAUGCGCAGUUGUUAGUUGUAUAUUCAUAGGAAAUUCAUGUCAAAAUUUUGAAAACUUCAAGUUCACUUAACUCCCAUGGAUCCACUUUUAAAAUGUUUGGGAGAAUAGACGGUCUUGUCAUUUUCUUAUCUAAUAAGUAUUUAUAUAUUGGAUGUCUUACACGGCAUUUGGUUUAAACCUGGGUUGACCUUAAAUUGGUCAUUUAUUCAAAAAUUUAAACUUCAUGCAACACAUGUUUAAAUUAUUCAAGUAUAUAUAGUAUGGUGUGAGGAGAAUUUUGCUACAGGCUGAUAUAUUUU